AUGCCGCUCAUCAACUGGGAGGAAGCCACUGCCGCAGAGCUUUCCGGCUUCACGGCGGAUCUCAUCCGUGAAGAACUCGGUCGACGCCAAUUGGACAAUACUGGCAACAAAGAGGAAAUUAUUGAGCGUCUCCUAAUCAACAUCGCCGAGACAAAGCCACUACCCGAAGCCAACGCCCAUGGAGUUCUUCCGUCCGACUCCACUUCAGCGGGGCAGCCAGGCACAUCAACCAUGCCUACCUUUACAGCCGAUCCCGUCCUCAAUAUGCAAUUGUUGACUGCAUACCUACAACAAAGCCUCCAGAUCCCGGCAAGAUCCGUAAACGUGACAACCCUUCCGGAUUUGUCUUCUACGAUCUCCACGUUCAGCGGAGACGGAGGAAUUUCCGCUCGCCGAUGGCUGGAAGACCUCGAGCGCACCCAACAACUUGCCUCGUGGGAGCCCUCCACCCUGCUAGCCAUCGCGCUGGGAAAACUCCGAGGACCAGCCGCCGAUUGGAAGGUCACAACCGGGAAGCAAUUCAAGACCUGGCCCGAAUGGAAAGAAGCCUUCCAGGCACAAUUCGGCGAACAGCUUUCCCUCAUUCAGUGGCAGACACGAGUGGCCGCUCGACAACAAGCACAGGGUGAGAGCCUCGUCAAUUACACGCUCGCGAAGCUCAAGAUCAUCGCGAGGUGUCCCGUCACCCUAACCGACCAACAGCGACUCGAGUACGUGAUUCAGGGUCUCCGCGAUAGGCAAAUCGCCACCGCCAUCGCGGUUCAGCGUCCAAGCACCGUGCCACUCUUCAUGACCAUCGUCACGGAUCUUGACCGCACCCUGGAUCACAAUCGAAGACAGGACUUGGCAACAGCCAUUUGUUACAACUGCCAAAACCCUGGCCAUCUCGCCAACAAAUGCCCCCUGCCUCGAAAAUCACGAACCCCAAAUCAGGUCACCCCAAGCACACAGCCUAACGCCACAGCCUUCAGCACCUAUUCCCCUGAAGAACUCCCCGGCUCUAAAUUCGCAUGCAUGAUCGUCCCCGUCACAGUCGCUGGCGUGGGCCCGGUCGAUGCAUUUCCCGACAGCGGCUCGAAGAUGAGCAUAAUUUCUUUGCGUCUCGUCAGCCACCUGAACUUGCUCCCCUGGAGUAAACCCCCGCUCGUGGUGGUUGGGGGAGGUUCUGUGACCCCGAUUGGCUCCGUUUGCAUUCGCAUCUCCGUCGGACCCAUAUCCGGACUGGUGGAAGCAGCAGUUUUACCCCAAAACGCCUUGCCAUUGAUCUUGGGGGAGGACUGGUUCUGUGCGUCACAAGUGGAGCUGCUCGUCCGCCCUCCACUUCCAUCGCAGCUUCGCCACCCAGGCAACAACAUCAUCAUCGACUGCCAGGAAAGGCUACUGCCGCGAAUGGCCAACGCAGUCUUGCUCGAGAACUCCGCCCUGAGUAAGUCUCGCAUGCCCUGUGCUCCUGACGGACUGCAGACUUCCCCAAUCUUCCCAGAAGAACAGCCAGCAUGGUCACUGUUAGGAUUAACUGCCAUGCACAUUACGUCUUGCCAAGAACCACAGACCAGUGCGAUUCUGCCCCAGCCGGCGGUAAUCGGCACGCAGCUGCUCCCCGACGAUCGCAAUCGAGUUCAAGCCAUUCUUGAGCGACACGCACUACUCUUCGCCACCAGUGACCAUGACCUCGGGCUCUAUGACAAGGUAGAGCACACCAUCGACCUUGUGCAAGGUGCACAGCCCUACAGCCGUCAGCCGUAUCGUUGCACUUCCGACGACCGUUCGUUCAUUGAAGAGCAAACAGCGCAGCUCCUUCAAAAGGGAAUCAUCGUACCGUCGAUUGGACCAUGGGGAUUUCCCGUUGUAGUCGUGACUCGCGAGAACAAGAAGCGCCUUUGCGUAAAUUAUAUACCGCUCAACAAGCUGACCAUCAGCGUCGUCCAGCCCCUUCCCCUCGCAGAUGAUCUCAUGAACGACGUUGCCGGAUGUUGUUUGUUUGCGUCCCUAGACCUCAACUUCGCCGAGUUCUUGGAUCUGCUUGAGGAAGUUCUGACCCUCUUAUUGCACAGCGGACUCAAAGUGUCUCUCACCAAGUGCAAGUUUGGAGUCGAAUCGAUCAGAUUCUUGGGAUUCAUCCUGUCUUCGCAAGGAAAGCUUCCGGACCCCGCGAAAGUGGAGGCCCUGAAUCGGAUCCCCACGCCUCAGACUCCGAAAGCCGUUCUGUCAUGGGCCCAAACAGCCGGAUUUUAUCGUCGGUUCAUCAAGGACUUCGCCAAAGUCACCGCUCCACUUCAGUCGAUCAUCCGUUCAGGACUGUUCGAGUGGACGCCCGCGUGCGAAUCUGCCUUCAAAAAAAUUCGCCACAGCCUCACCUCAGCCCCAAUCUUGGCGUACUUCGACCCCGCAGCACCCACUACGCUGGCCACCGACGCAUCUGGGGUUGGCCUUGGUGCUGUACUCACGCAGAUGCAGAACGGAAGAGAAGUCGUCAUUGAAUAUGCAAGCCGCACACUCUCGACCCACGAGCAACCGCUUCACAGCAAUGUGUGGGAGUGCAUAGCUGCCCACUGGGCAAUUACCCAAAAAUUUCGCCAGUACCUCAUUGGCCUGAAGUUUUGCCUCAUCACAGACAACUGGACAGUCGCCUGCCUGACGUCGAGCCUGAAGCCCUCGCGGCGCUUCACUGGCAUGCUCAUGGACCUUACAGAAUUUGACUUCACGGUGCAACACCGGCCCGGACGUCAGAACGUGGUAGCAGACAUGCUAUCUCGCCUUUCUUGUGCUACAGUCACACCUACCGCUGCGCUUGCUGACAUGCAAAGAGAAGACAGUGACUGCUCCGUCAUUCGCCAACAACUCACCUCGAGCGGUGAUGCCAACGACGAGUACCUCGUCUUAGACGACGUCCUCUACCGCCGCCUUUCCGCUGACCUCAGUGUCAUCGUAGUGCCGGCCAAAAUGCGUCAACACGUCUUGGAACUUUGUCAUGACGGCAGCGGACACAUGGACCUCACUAGAACCCUCGCCAAGGUCGAGUGCCGCUACUGGUGGCCACGCAUGUCAGCGACCGUCUCGCAAUACGUCGAGUCAUGCCUCACCUGCCAGCUGAACAACAGGCCUACAACAAAAUCGGUCGGACUCAUGGGCUCCAUGCCAACCACCGAACAGCCUUUCAGCAUAAUCGCAAUGGAUCACAUCUCUAUGUGCUCAGCCGACAGUUCCAAGUACAUUCUAAAUGUUAUCGACUUCGCUACUCGGUACAUCGUCCCUGUCGCAGUAGCAACAACGUCGGCAUCGGAGGUCAUACGCCACCUCCGCGAAGUAUUCCAUGUGUAUGGCGCCCCUGACCACUGCCUGACUGACCAUGGACGUGCGUUUGAGUCCAGGCAGUUCCUGCGCUUCAUGGCCCAUCAUGGAGUCACUAUGCACUAUUCAGUGGCUUACAGAGCAGCCAGCAAUGGCCUCGUUGAGAGGAACAACGCUACCCUCGUCGCCGUGCUAAGAAAGCUUUGUGGCGCUCAGCCGGAAACAUGGGAAGGGAAGCUUACGCAGGCUGCCUUCGCAGUGAACACUGCAUUCAACGCGUCGUUGCAGUUUUCACCCUUCGAGCUUCUCUACGGCUAUACGCCCAAGCUCCCCCGCCAACGACAUUGCCCUGUGAACACAACCAGCCUUGAGGAUCGUCUCCUCAACCUCUGCGCGAAUAGGUCGCAGGCUUCCGCCAACGCGGAGAAUGCAAGAGAUGGUCGUUGCCAGCGGUACGACCGCACACAUCGCGAGCAACAGCACUUUCAUCCCGGACAGCUUGUUUGGUUACGCCGCCAAGAGCCUGUCACAACCACCUGCGAGAAGAUGGCACCCCGUUUUAAAGGGCCCUACCAGAUUCUCGAACUGAAGACGCCGACAACGUAUCUUCUACAGCGUGUCUCGUACAGCGACGACGGCGUGUCGCGUACGGCAACCGACACGAAAGUCGCCCACGCAAGCCAGAUCAAGCCAUUUCAUCACCCGUACGUCGACGAAACCCUGCUCGAGCCCUCAGGAGAAUCUCCGCCCGACAGCCAAGACGCACUCCUCGAACGGGACAGUCAAAUGGUUUCCCCCGCGCAUCCCGAGGAUACGCAAAACGACUCCCACCUAACAAGCCCCGACUCCAUUGACCCAGUCGCGGAAGAUCAAACGCCUCUAGCGCGCUCAGACCGUGCUCGAAGGCCUCCUUCCUGGCUUCGAGACUUUUUGAGUGACUAA